AUGGCAGAUGUUCGCUCGUUACUUCGAAGUGAGCUUGCUGCUCGCAAGGGCGCACCGCAAGCAGGAAGUACCAGUAAUCGAGUUACCAAGAAGCGGAAGGUCGAUAUCACGGAUGACCUGACGCGAAAGAAGAUGAGGCCUGGUGAAAAAAGUGCAGACUCCCAAUCGCCGACAGUACAUACUUUGCAACCACCAAGCGCCCAGGCAAUCGAUGAAGUGGAGGAUGUGGAACAACUAGAUGAAGAAACUGCUAGCCUAGAACUUCCGCCGAACUCGAAAGCCUCUCAAGACCAGACCCAGGCACAGUCUAAGCCGUUGCUCGAAUCGAAUACACCCCCAGCUAUCGAUGAGGACGAAUGGGCAGCAUUUGAGCGUGAUGUGGUGGCGCCAACUCGUGUGCCCCAGGCACCUGCUGCAGUUGCUGCAGCAGCGACGAUAUCGGCCGCACCAAUCUCGGCCAAGCAACUGGCUGCCCAGCAAGAGGCAGAAAAGGGAACGUCAAUACAAGCACGUGAAGCUGAGAUCGAAGGGGAACGAGAAGACGCGGCUCGGUUCUUGGAGGAUGAAUUUGAUGAGAUGGAGCAGCUUGAAGAACGGAUCAGGCGAUUGAAGCAUAAGAGGGAAGAACUGAGACAGAAACGAGCUAAGGAAGCUUCAGAGAUGCCUCAGACAGAAGGAUCCUCGUCCGGGAAACCGCCAGGGGAACAGCGGAUUGAUGUGACUAAACAAAGUGACGAAGAAGAAAACGAUGACGAUGACGACGAUGAUGAUGUGGAUGACGAUGACUGGGACAACUGGAGAUUUAGGUAA